AGUGUAUAUCAGCAUCUGUCAAAAUAAGUUAGAUCAUCUGUUCGAGCAUUUUAGCUGAGAUCUUAGUAUUUUAGUGGUUUUAUUUCGAAAAUCCAUCAUUUCUACUAAUAAAAAAUGAAAUAUUAUUUGAUUUCAGGACACUGUUUAACAAAACGUUUCCUCAGCCGUGCUUACAGCAGCAAAACCAUUUCAAGCAAAAUUUUUCAUAACGACUUUACAGAAAUAAAGGAAAGGAAUUUACCCAGAAAUCCAAAUAAAUCUGGUCCACUCACAGAUCUGCCAGACUAUACCUUUUUAGAUGGAAGAGUGACACCAUUAGGAGCCAAUCAGACAAAGAGACUUCUUCAGCAACACGAACUUGCGAAUAAAAUUGUGACAAUGUCAAAAGAAAUGGAUUUUGCCGUAGAACGCUACAGGACAUUACAAGCCAACAAGCAAAAGGAGAACAAACAGGUACUUGACCAAAAACUAAAACCCAAGGGCUUUUUAUUGCUUUCGUAAUAAUUCUGAACACUUGUAAAGGAAUUGCAUAUUAAUUUAUAAUACGUAUAAAGGCUGAAGCUCUUAA